AUGUUGUUUCGAGGAGAACAACUCAAAAAAUGCAUUUUGUCACGAUUGCGUUGCUCAAUUUUGGAAAUUGUAAGUUUUUUUGGAGUUUUGGGUGAAUUUUAGUGGUCUUGAAAAUUUCACUUUUGAAAAAAUUAUGUGGCAAAUUUGAAUUUUUUUUUCGAUAAAUUUGAAAAAGAAAAUCAGGAAAUUCUUAGAAAAAAUGUAUGACUUGGCGAAAUCUAGUUUUCAAAAUUUCAGUAUUUUUCAAAUGCUUCUAAAAAUUAGAAUUCUUUUGGAAAUUUUCGAGAAAAAUUUUCAAAUCAUUAGAUUUUUUGUAAAAAAAAGUUGAAUUUUUUUUGAAAGUUCAAAGAUCUAUUGAAAUUUGAAUAUUUUCGGAAAUUUUGAAGUUUCCCAGAAGAUUUUCGAAUUUAUUUCUGAAUUUUUGAAUUUUGAAAAAUGUUCAAAAAAAUAAGAUAUCUGAAUCUUCAAUUGUAGACAAAAUGCCACGUCAUAACUCUGUUUUCCUUUCUUUUUUGGAUUUGGAAAUUUUCGAGAAAGAAUUCAAUUAUUAGAUUUUUUGUGCAAAAGUUAUGAAGUGGAAAAUUUGGAAUUUUUAAUUUUCGAUUUUUUUUUUUGAAAAAUUAAAAUUCUAAAUUUUCAAUUCUCGAGCUAAAUGCCACGUCAUAAGUUUAUUUCAAUUCACAUUUUUUUCAGUUAAUAACAAUUGCUGUAAUAAUUUGCUGGUUUGGUCAUCUCAAUCAAAAUGAAACAAUUCCAAUCACAAUUUGUUGUGCAAAUUUGAUAAUCGCAAUUCUUGCGAUUCUAAUUCUUCUCGCAUUGAAAACCACUCGAAUGCAUGUGAAAAAAAGAAUUGAAUGA